ACCUGUCUAGUUUAGUCUCUUCUGUUUGUUAUUUGGUCUAUCUCCUUUUCUUUUCGUGGGGUGCUUUCUUCAUUAUGUGAUUGACUCAUAUCCAAACACUAGCAGAGCUCCAAAGAAACAAAUACUUAAAUCCAGCAAUGAUAAUUACUGUAGUCUAACAGUAUGGGAACCCUAAAUUAAAGUAAUUCGCAUUGACAUCAAGAGUCAGUUACAUUGGAAAAAGAAAGUGAUACCCUGUCUAUCAAACCUCCAUUUCUUUCUCUUUCCUCUUCCCGCACAUCUUUGACUUUUAUGCUAACUCUUUUGCUUUUACUCCCCUUUUUCUUCCUUUUUCUCUCCUCGCAACCACUGUCUCCCUCUUUGAAAUGCUCUCUCACCCCAUCCCGUCCUGCAUCCCAUAAACUCACCCCUUUCCCGACCCCUUCCCUCUCUAUCGCUCUGCUUUCCUCCUCUUCCUCUCUCUUUUUUUGCACUUUUUCUCCCAUAGACAGCAGUGACAGUGACCUCGAGCUGUCCACGGUGCGACAUCAGCCUGAGGGUCUGGAGCAGCUGCAGGCUCAGACCAAAUUCACCAAGAAGGAGCUGCAGUCCCUUUAUAGGGGCUUCAAAAACGAGUGCCCAAGUGGUUUGGUUGAUGAGGAAACUUUCAAGACCAUCUACUCUCAGUUCUUUCCCCAAGGGGAUGCCACCACAUAUGCCCACUUCCUUUUUAAUGCAUUUGAUCUUGACAGAAAUGGCUCGAUUCGUUUUGAGGACUUUGUGAUUGGUCUGUCCGUGUUGCUGAGAGGAUCUGUCACUGAAAAGCUCAACUGGGCUUUCAACCUUUAUGACAUCAACAAGGAUGGAUACAUCACUAAAGAGGAGAUGCUGUUAAUCAUGAAGUCAAUCUACGACAUGAUGGGCAGGUAUACCUACCCCAGUGUGAGAGAUGAAGCUCCAUCUGAACAUGUGGAAAAGUUCUUCCAGAAAAUGGACAGAAAUCGAGAUGGUGUGGUCACUAUUGAGGAGUUUAUUGAGACCUGUCAGAAGGAUGAAAACAUCAUGAACUCCAUGCAGCUCUUUGAAAAUGUGAUAUAGGACGGGAGUGGAGCGAUCCAAAGCUAAAACAGCCCUCAAAGCCCCAAUCCAGUUCUCUCUACGUCUAUAUACCAAACUAGCACAGCAAUCACUCUCUGUCUUGUCCUGUAGCACUACUCCCAUGCCUGCUGCACUCCGUAGAAUCGUAUAGACCAACACAUAGCCGAUAGUAUGGCGUCACAGUUUGUACUUCACAGCAGGACUACUUUUAAAAAGAAAAGCCUGGACGGCUGGGAUCCUUCCAGUUGCUAAAUACCGGUAACCGUGUGGUGGAACUUUCUGAUCAGAAUGAGCAAAUGAAGUAGCAAAGCCACGUUUUGUAUCACUGGUUGAUGGAUUCCAAUGGGCUCUCUAACAUCCAGAUAAAAACCAUCACCACUCUGGACUGCUAUCUUCUGCCUUCUGAUUAUGAAUGAGGGAGAUUACAAGACUCAAUCUCAACCUUCCAGAUACCAUAGUUUGAACGAGAGUACAGUAACUAUGGAUUUCAAGGGAUCCAAAGGAAGGUCCAGCACCAAUUCCGAUUGAAGCACACCAGAGACUACACGUAAAAGUCACCAAAAGAACAAAAUAAAUGUGAUGAAAACCGACCUGAAGCAUGCCUGUCCAAAUAUGUGAGAUAUUUGUGAUUUUCUUGCAUGGAGACUGACAAAGUUGUACAUUUUCUUCCUUGUAAGCCAGUAGGUCCCACAGAAGACCAUAAGCAAACUAAAGCAACUGUAUGCAUGAAGUUACGUAGUGUACCAGUGUUUAUAAGUUCUGCUCAAACCUGUAUUGCACAUAUCAGUGGGGCCAGGGUGAUUUGUUUGGUCACAUUUGAUUCUUGCACAGCAAUGAGGUAUAUUAAAAGUUAUAUUUACACUAUAGGCAUUUUAGAAGUAUAGAAGUAUGUGUUUUAUUUUCAGAAAUGUAUUUAUUUGUCAGGCGGCAUCUAAUGGAAUGCAGGGUUUGGCCAUGAACGGACAUGUCCAGAUUAUUAAAAAUGUGGUUUACAAGUU